AUGGUGGGUGGUGGUUGGUUGCAUAAGAAGGAGGAAGGCGGAUGGCGGCAUGGCCUGUGGUGGGUUUGGGUGCUUAUGAAUGAUGUUGGGGGUGAUGGAAGGAGGAAGGCUGAUGGCGGCAUGGCCUGUGGUGGGUUUAGGUGCUUAUGGAUGAUGUUGGGGGUGAUGGUUAGUUGCAGAGGGAGGAGGAAGGAUGAUGGGGCCACCUUUGGGGAUAUGGAAAGGUUGGGCAGAUGCGUAACAGGGUAG